AUGAAAGUUUCAAACCAUGAGAUAAAGCAAAUCCUGGCAAAAACUGUGAAUGCCAACAGAAUGGAUUGGUUGAGAGAACUUGAUGAUGCCUUAUGGGCAUAUCAUACUGCAUUUAAGACCCUUAUUGCCUUGAACAAGAAGAGGAUGAUGAUGUAUCGUGACCAGAAGAUUGAAAAGAGAGACUUUGCACCAGGUUAUCUUGUUCUUUUGUUCAACUCAAGAUUUCGCUUGUUUCCUGGCAAGCUGAAGUCCAAAUGGUUAGGACAGUUUCAUGUGGUUCUAGUGUCCUUAUGUGGUGCAAUUGAGCUUGAAAAUCAUGAAGAAAAGUUAUUCAAGGUAAGUGGGAAAAGAGUGAAGGCUUACUUGGGAGUUGCUAAAGAGAUCAAGGUGGUGGAAACAUGGGCUCUUGGGGAAGUUUGA